AUGGACUCCGAGAUCAUUCUCGACGCCGCUCCUUUCCUCAAACUCUACAAAAGUGGCCGCGUCGAACGUCUCAUGGGGGAAACCACCGUCCCAGCGUCUUUAACCCCACAAAACGGCGUCGUUUCGAAGGACGUCGUUUACUCUCCCGACAACAACCUCUCCGUCCGCAUUUACCUCCCGGAGAAAGCCGUCGAGACCGGCGAGAAACUCCCUCUCCUCGUCUACUUCCACGGCGGUGGAUUCAUCAUCGAAACAGCUUUCUCUCCGAGUUACCACACUUUCCUCUCGGCGGCCGUCUCUGCCUCCGACUGUGUAGCGGUCUCUGUGGAUUACCGGCGUGCACCGGAGCAUCCGAUUCCGAUCGCUCACGAUGAUUCUUGGACGGCUCUCAAAUGGGUAUUCUCCCAUAUCACCGGAUCUGGCUCGGAGAGUUGGUUAAACAAACACGCGGAUUUCACCAGAGUGUUCCUCGCCGGAGACAGCGCCGGAGCGAACAUCUCUCAUCACAUGGCGAUGAGAGCAGCGAAAGAGAAACUCAGUCCCGAAUUGAGUGAUUCAUCAUCAGGAAUCUUGGGAAUCAUCUUGGUUCAUCCUUAUUUCUGGUCGAAAACUCCAGUGGACGACAAGGAGAUCAAGGAUCCGAUGGUUAGGGGUAAGAUCGAUGCGAUUUGGAGAAUGGCGAGUCCAAAUUGCAAAGACGGGUCGGAUGAUCCGUGGAUCAACGUGGUGCAAUCAGAGUCGGUGGAUUUAUCAGGAUUGGGUUGCGGUAAGGUUUUGGUAAUUGUGGCUGAGAAAGACGCACUUGCAAGGCAAGGUUGGGGUUACACGGCGAAGCUUGACAAGUGUGGCUGGAAAGGAGAAGUUGAAGUGCUGGAGAGUGAAGGAGAAGAACAUGUUUUUCAUUUGACGAAACCUGAUUGUGAGAAAGCUAUUGAAGCCAUGAAGAAAUUUGCAGGGUUUAUUAAGGGAGACAAGCACUAG